UUUCCUCUAUAUUUAUUCUCCAUUCCCCGUUUCACUUGAAACCGAAAGAAAGGGCGAGUCAGGUUCACGAACACAGGAAAAAAGAAGAUGUUUUAUAGCUGUUCUCAUAGUGGAAACAACGGCCACCACCCCGAAACAAGCGGAAAGGUCGCCGUCGACGGAAACAGCAUCAUGUUGUUCGGUGUCCGACUGACGGAAGGAUCGUUCAGAAAAAGUGUUAGCAUGAACAAUCUUUCUCAGUUCGACGACGAGGAGCAGCAGCCUCCGGAUUGUUCCAACGCCACCGGCUAUACUUCCGACGACGUAGUUCACGCCUCCGGAAGAAGUCGUCAACGCAAGAGAGGUGUUCCAUGGACUGAGGAGGAGCAUGGAUUAUUCUUAGUGGGGUUGAAGAAAGUAGGUAAAGGAGAUUGGAGAGGCAUUUCCAGACACUUCGUGAAGACACGUACGCCGACACAGGUCGCAAGUCAUGCUCAGAAGUAUUUUAUCCGGCAAAAUAACAAGAAUCACAGGCGCCGCCGAUCCAGUCUCUUUGAUAUAACAAAUCAUUUGUUCACAAACACAACCAUAUCGGAAGAAGAAGUAGCAAUAAUCCGCCAAGAAAACGUUUCGUCGCCACCGCUGCCACUGAGUCACACGCUGAAACUCUCUAUACCGUCGUCGACUUCGGAAGCAGAAGCUCGGUUGUCUACUUUUCAGGCCAUGUCCAGCGGAGACAGCAACGGCGGCAUAAUCAGCGUUGCUUGAA